AUAGUACAGUGAAUCAGUUGGGAUACUGUUAUAUUCUUUUAAAGUGAUUAAUUAUAACAUGAAGAAACAGAAUGAGGGAGUUGAAGUAGUUGAAAAUGGAAAUGAUACUUUGUUGAGAAAAACAGAUGCAGCUUUAUUUGCCUGGCCAUGGAAGAACUUGGGAAAUUACAAGUAUUUGUUGUAUGGACCAUUUCUUGCGAAAUUCAUACAUUCUAUGUAUUGGAAAGAGAGCAUGGAGGAUAUUUGGUGUUUGCAUAUUCUUGUAUUGUGUGCUCUGAGAGGCCUUGUUCAUCAGCUAUGGAGCACUUAUAAUAAUAUGUUGUAUCUAAAUCGCACGCGAAGGGUGUCUCAACAAGGGAUAGAUUAUGAGCAAAUUGAUCAUGAAUGGGAUUGGGAUAACUUCCUUAUCCUUCAAGCUAUUGUGGGAUCGUUCGUCUACUUGAACUUCCCUUCACUGGUUAAUCUUCCUCUUUGGGAUGUAAGAGGGCUUAUUUCUUGUCUCAUACUUCAUAUUGGUAUCUCAGAGCCACUGUUCUAUUGGAUGCACAGAUUAUUGCAUUCCUCUCAUCUGUUUCCGCUAUACCACUGGCAUCACCACGAGUCUAAAAUCACACACCCCUUUACUGCUGGGCAUGCAACAUUUCUGGAACAUCUUUUGCUCUGUGUGGUUAUAGGAAUUCCAACCUUAGGCACUGCAUUUAUUGGUUACGGAUCAAUAAUUGUUAUGUACAGUUAUAUUCUGGCAUUCGAUUUCUUAAGAUGUUUGGGACACAGCAAUGUUGAAAUCAUUCCUCAUAGUCUCUACCAGCGCGUUCCACUACUUAGAUAUGUUAUUUACUGCCCGACAUACCACAGUCUACACCAUCAGGAAAUGAAGACAAAUCUCUGUCUCUUCAUGCCUCUAUAUGAUAUGUUGGGAAAUACUUUAAAUACCGCUCCGUGGAGCCUUCACAAAGAAAUAAGUUCAAGGACAAGUACAGAUGAAAGAGCACCAGAUUUUGUGUUUCUUGCACAUAUUGUUGAUAUUAUGUCGUCAAUGCAUGCCCCGUUUUUGUUCCGGUCAUUCAGCUCAGGGCCUUUCUCUACAAGGCUCUUCUUGUUACCGAUGUGGCCUUUUGCCUUUGUGGUGGUGCUUGCUAUGUGGCUGAAGACUAAGACUUUUUUGUUCAGUUUUUACAACAUAAGAGGAAGACUCAACCAAACUUGGAUUGUGCCCAGGGCUGGUUUUCAGUAUUUCUUGCCCUUUGCUGCAGAAGGCAUAAAUAAGCUCAUUGAAGAAGCUAUUCUUAGGGCUGACAGAAUUGGUGUCAAGGUUAUCAGCCUUGCUGCAUUAAAUAAGAAUGAAAGUUUAAAUGGCGGUGGAACACUCUUUGUCAACAAGCAUCCGAAUCUCAGAGUCCGAGUAGUCCAUGGAAACACCUUGACAGCUGCUGUGAUCUUGAAUGAGAUUCCUCGAGAUGUAAAUGAGGUCUUCUUAACAGGUGCUACUUCUAAGCUUGGAAGGGCCAUUGCACUCUACCUUACUCGUCAAAGAGUCAGAGUUCUGAUGCUCACUAAGUCCACUGAGAGAUUCAUGAAAAUUCAAAGAGAAGCUCCAGUUGAGUGCCAGAAGUAUCUGGUUCAAGUGACAAAUUGCAAAGAAGCUAAACAGUGUAAGACUUGGAUUAUUGGCAAAUGGUCUACCCCUAGAGAGCAGAGCUGGGCUCCAUCAGGAACUCACUUUUAUCAGUUUGUCGUUCCUCCUAUCAUUCCCUUUCGCAGAGACUGCACCUAUGGCAAGUUAGCAGCAAUGAGACUUCCAAAAGAUGUCACUGGUUUAGGAACUUGUGAGUAUACAAUGGGAAGAGGCAUAGUUCAUGCUUGUCACGCGGGUGGGCUAGUUCAUCUUCUUGAAGGCUGGACACACCAUGAGGUUGGAGCUAUCGAUGUUGAUCAGAUUGAUGUCGUGUGGGAGGCUGCAUUAAAGCAUGGUUUGAAACCUUUGUAUAAUUCACCAUAGUGAUACCAUUUGUUUCUUAUUCAUCAUGAAAACACCUUCAUGACCUAAAAGGUUUGGAGUUGUAACAAAAUCCAUAUAAAAAGUCUUCCAAAGAUUGUUUCACAAGUCAAUACUUCAUUACAUGCAGAAUCUAUUUGUAAUCAAACAAAAGUGUAAGCCUAAUAAAGGAAAUAAGCUAUAUAUCAUUGUAUUUCCCGCUAAAAUGCACUGUUAAUGUAAGUGGUACAUAUUUGGUUUUCUGGGGAGUUCUUGUAUUUCCCUGUGAAUAUAGAUAUGUUUUUGUCUAAUGUAUCGAGCUUUGCUAAACGAAGAUAUCAGACAAAUAAUCUUGCUGUUAGG